AUGGAAACUCUCAUCAUAAGGAACGUAAAACUCGUAUACAAGUUGCAUAAAGCACAAGAGUUGCACAUCCGGAAGAGAAAGCACAGAGCAGAAAGCGACAGCGAUGACGACGACCAGGAAAAGGAAAGCCCUUCCAAGAAGCGAAGCGUGGAGUACGAAGUAGAAACGAUAAUCGACAGAUGCGUUUUCCCUUCGGGCUCCGUGUUUUAUCUCGUGAAAUGGAAGUACUGGCAUUCGAAGUACAACACCUGGGAGCCUGCGGAACAUUUAGACUGCGAAGCACGCGUUAAGGAGUACGUGCGUUCCUUAGAGAGCGAAAGAUACCCCAGCAAGUGCAUCGACGAGUACAUGCAUCUGAUGGUGCAACCCACCAAGGAGAAUUUAGAAAACUUCAUGCACUGCCUGCUGAAGGAGAGGCGAACCAAAAAAUACACCGUCAAGUCGGAAGUGGACAUCAAGAAGCUGGCGACGACGUUCCUGAAGUACCCGGAGAAGCGCACCUCGACGCUGCUGGAGAAGCUGAAGCGCAACCUGCUGCUCAAGUAUUUCUACGUGCGGCGCGUGCGCCAGCUGACGGCGCUGCGGGAGUGGAAGGAGGAGAUGAGCCUGUCCACCAACGACGGCUUGCCCUUGCACGUGGAGAACGACGUGGACCUCGAGGGGCCCCCCGACAACUUCUUCUACGUGAACGAGUACAUCCCGGGCCCGGGCGUGCUCAUCCCCGACGACCCGCCCGUCGGCUGCAAGUGCAGGACGUGCGACGCGCGCUCCUUGUGCUGCAGCAAGUUGGCCAAGGCGACGUACAGCUUCGCGUACUCGCCCAAGGGCCUGCUGAGCGUGCCGGCGGACACGCCCAUCUACGAGUGCAACAAGCGGUGCGGCUGCGGGGCGUCGUGCCACAACCGGGUGGUGCAGAAGGGGCGGCGGGUCAAGCUGAGCAUCUUCCGGACGAGCACCGGCUGCGGCUGGGGCGUCAAGGCCCUGCAGGACAUCGACAAGGGAUCCUUCGUGUGCUGCUACGUCGGGGAGGUCGUCACCAACGAGGAGGCCGAGAGCCGCAUGGACAAGUACCAGGACAACACGCACGCCUACCUCUUCGACAUGGACUACAACGGCGCCAACCACAAGUACACCGUCGACGGCACCAUCUACGGGAACGUGUCCAGGUUCAUCAACCACUCGUGCAAGCCCAACCUGACGGUUUGCUUUGUGUGGAUCGACUGCUUGGACCCGAGUCUGCCUCUGCUGGCCUUUUUUACGACGCAAGUCAUCCGCGCCGGGGAAGAGUUGACCAUUGAUUACAUUGGAGAUUCCAUCAAGGUGGACACCUCCAUUAAAAGAAGCAAACCGUGCAGAUGCGGGCAUUCUGAAUGUAAGAAGUUCAUCUUAUAA